AUGGAAGGGAAGAGGAAUGUGAUCCACGAGCUUGAACAAGGGAAAGAGGAUUGGACGAUUUUAAUUUUAAAAGUUAUCGACCGGAGCUUGAUCUCUGAAAUCCUCUCUUCAUACCAGAAAGCCAUCUCCUUGCUGAAUCCCGGCGGGGGUUUUCCGGCGCCACAAACCAAAUUCACUGUUAGCUUGAGCCCUCAGAACGAGGGCUUUUCCGACAUGGAUUUCAAGAACGUCUUUAAGAAGAGGAAAAUAUCGGAGAAAGAAUCCGAGAAAGUGGUGAAGGUUUGUGUCGGGAAAGGACAAGAUGGGGCUUGUAUCGAAGACGGUUAUUGCUGGAGAAAAUACGGGCAGAAGGAGAUUCUUGGAUCCAAGAACCCUAGAGGGUAUUACAGAUGCACGCGAAGAUUCUCGCAAGGGUGUUUAGCCGUGAAGCAAGUUCAGAGAUCCGACACAGAUCCUUCGGUUUUCGAAGUGAAGUAUCUCGGAACCCACACGUGUGAUGACGUCACUCCUGCAACAGCCGCCGUGAACCAUGCGUCCGUACGAGAAACAGAACGCAAGCCAGAACACGACACGGAACGGAUGGAGGAGGACAUGAUGCUGAGCCUCGUCGAAAUAGAGAACAAAAAGGCCAUCUUCAGGACAUUUUCCUUCUCCAAGGCCGAGCCGGAAAAUGCGGAGUGGAAAAGCGAGAUUUUCCCGGAAAAUCUGAUGGAGAAAUGGUCCCCAGCGACGUCUGGAUCUGUCAUUACCACCUCGGAGUUAAUGUCUGCGCCUACUUCCGUUACGAACUCGCCGACCGGAGAUCCGUACUUGUCACCGUUCAUCGACUUGGACGCAGAUUUCUCCUUCGACAGUUAUCUCGACCUUCUCUCGUAGUUUCUCUUCCUCGGUUAGGUUUUUUACGAAGUUAUGCAAAUAUUAUCGUCGGUUGUGUCGUGUAGCUACGCGAAUCUAACGGAAGAAUAAAUUUUGUAACACUUUGGUAUUCACCACCAUGACGACAUCUUCUUCCGCGUA